AUGCAGCAAUUCAAGGAAUUUACAUCCAAGACAACAGAACAAGUCAAAAAAGCUGGUGAGCAGCUCAAAAAGGCUAGUAAGCAAUUGAUCAGGCGCUCUCUUGCUGACGUUGUCCGCGAUUAUAUUCAGGCUUCAUUAAACAACACAACUGACGAGUUUGUCGCAGAUUUAUCACACGAAAUCCAAGAGAACGCCAAUGUCUUCAAGGAUGAAGACAAAGGAGUCUUAGUUCAGCAAGUUAUUUACUUAAAUCUUCUCGGUUACGACACAACAUGGGCCGACUUCAUGAUUCUUGAAGUUAUGUCGAACGACGAGUACUCAAACAAGAGGCUUUGCUACACAGCUUCUGGAUUUUUAUGGAAUGAAAACUCAGAUGUUGUUCUUAUGGCCACAAACCGUGUUCGCAAAGAUCUUACCACUAACAACACACUAAUCACAUCGCAUGUUUUGAGUGGCGUUACAUCAUACCUCUCAGUUCCAAUUUGUCAGCACAUAGCCAAUGAUGUCAUUUCGUUUAUGUCAUCUGCAAGAGCAGAUGUUCGCCAGAAGGCCAUUACAGCAUUCUACUGCAUCUGCCUUAAGUAUCCUGAUGCUCUUCGCACAGGUUUCCAGGCAUUAAAGGCAAGAUUAGACGAUACAAACCCAGGCGUUCUUUUCGCUACGCUCAAUGUCAUGGCCGAGUUCUGCCGCCACAACGCUUCCAACUUUACAUCAUUAAUUCCGAAACUUUACAAAAUGCUUGACAAUCCAGCGUCAAACUUGUGCCUUCUCAAGCUUGUUAACCUUCUACGCAUGCUCUGCGAUGUCGAGCCACGUCUCCCGAAGAAGCUGAUCAAUCCAUUUACGAAUAUUCUCGAAACUACUUCUUCUAUUACAGUUUUGUUCGAAGUUGUCAGGACAAUCAUCGAAGUACCAAUUACCAAUACUAUCCUCUUGACAUACGCUGCCCAACGCAUGCAGAAUUUCCUUGAACAUCAAGAUGCAAAUCUCAGAUUCCUUUGUUUGGGAUUAUUCAUCAAGUUAAUGGAGAUUCAGCCAAAGCUUGUUGCCCAGAACAAGGAAAUCAUCACACAAUGCCUCGACAGCAACGAUGAAGUCGUCAGAUUGAUGGCAUUAGAUCUUUUGAUCGCUUUAGCCAACUCUAAGACCAUUGAUGGCAUUGUUGCAAAGAUGUUCCAGGCCUUCAAGGAUUCUCUGUCCGUUUCUUUCAAGAAUACAAUUGUUACAAGAAUUAUCGAGAUUUGUUCGAAGAACGAUUACGCUUUGGUCUCUGAUUUCAACUGGUAUAUCCAAGUCUUACUCGAUUUCAUCGACGAAGGCGGGUUUACCUGUUUCGAAAUUUUAUCCAACCAAUUCAUGGACUUAGCGACCAGAGUUCCGGCCACCAGAGAAGCAUUAGUCGAUGCUAUGGGCCACAUCCUCGGAAUGAGGAACUACAGAGACGCAACAAGUCUUCUUUUGACAUGUCUUUACAUUAUUGCGGAAUAUUCACAGAACGCUGCAUUAUUGGACAUUAUUUUGAACGAGAAUAUGCUCUACUGCGACGAACGUGUCCAAAUGAGUACACUUUCCACUGCAUUUAAACUUUACAUCAGAUGUGAUACACCAGAAUCAUUUUCCAGUGCUGAAAAGCUUUUCACUGAAAGGCUUCCUCAAUUCCAGAGCUGUAUCUACGCCGAAGUCCAAGAUUUGGCCAAUGUAACCCUUCAAUUAGUCGAAAUUUUCCUGGAACUCAAGGAUUCCGCCGAAUUCAAGGAGCUCAAAGACAAACUCACAGUCGAAUACGAUGAAGAAACACUUCCUCCACUUGAAGUUCCAGAAGAAAUUGCUGGAGACGUCGAAAUUUCGUUUGAUGUCGCAGAUGACGACGACGACUUCCUCAAAGAAGACACAGAUGGUCCAGUUGAUCCAUUGGUUGCAGCCACAGCCGAACAGCUCAAGAAGGUUGAAGGAUACAAAGAAGUUUCUCCAGAAAAAGCGAAGAAAAUCAAGAUCAGGAAACAAUCGAAGAAAGUCGACAGGUCAAACAUCGUCAUCAAGGCUGCGAAGAAGCCAUUGUUCGGUGCACAGCCUGAGAAGAAGAAAGACGCUUUGGCUGACGCAUUCGCAAACAUUGAUUUGACUGAGAAACCUCAAGUUUCAGAGGAAAAACCAAAACAAAAGAAAGAGGAAGAAAAACCGAAAGAAAAGAAGAAACCUCUCAAAAUGGCUGAACCAGAACAGAAACCACAGGUUGAAGAGGUCAAACACAAGGUUCCUGGAGUAAUCAAGGCAGGAAAGAGAAGACUUAGAAAGACAAACGAAGAGAAGAAGUAA